AUGGGAGCCUAUCUAUAUGGGCGCCUAUCUCUAUGGGCGCCUAUCUCUAUGGGCGCCUAUCCCUAUGGGCGCCUAUCUCUAUGGGCGCCUAUCUCUAGGGGUUCCUAUCUCUAUGGACGCCUAUCUCUAGGGGCGCCUAUCUCUUGGGCACCUAUCUCUAUAGGCGCCUAUCUCUAUGGGCGCCUAUCUCUAUGGGCGCCUAUCUCUAUGGGCGCCUAUCUCUAUGGGCGCCUAUCUUUAGGGGCGCCUAUCUCUAUGGGCGCUUAUCUCUAUGGGCGCCUAUCUCUAGGGGCGCCUAUCUCUAGGGGCGCCUAUCUCUAUGGGCGCCUAUCUCUAUGGGCGCCUAUCUCUAUGGGCGCCUAUCUCUAUGGGCGCCUAUCUCUAUGGGCGCCUAUCUCUAUGGGCGCCUAUCUCUAUGGGCGCCUAUCUCUAUGGGCGCCUAUCUCUAUGGGCGCCUAUCUCUAUGGGCGCCUAUCUCUAGGGGCGCCUAUCUCCAGUGGCGCCUAUCUCUAG